AUGAAUUUUGAGAGGCUAAGAAAGCAGGGGAGGGGAGAAAGAUGGAAGACGGGGAAACAAAGGCAAAAACAACCCAAGAAGCAAGCCAUCUUGCCAAUCUCUGAGCAUAAGGAUGCCAAAUUGUUGGAGGACUAUGUGACAGCUAGUUCUAUGGAUCCUGAUUUGUACAGUGCUACGAUACGAGGAGACAUUCUUGAAUUCAUAAAAGCCGUGGAACAAGAACCAGACAAUAGACACGCUGGUGUACCUGCUGCAACUUGUAUCCAAGUGACCCCUCAGAAGAACACAGUUCUUCACCUAGCAACGAUCUUUGGACAUGACGAGAUUGUCAAACUCAUUUGUAAGGACUUGCCCUUUCUUGUCAUGGAAAGAAAUUGCAGAGGUGACACUGCACUUCACAUUGCAGCCAUAGCUGGCAAUUCACUGCUAGUGAAUUUGUUGAUUAAUUCAACAGAGGGGGUUUUGGGUGUGAAGAAUGAGACGGGUAAUACCGCAUUGCAUGAGGCAUUGCAACAUCGUCAUGAAGAGGUGGCCUGGAAUAUAAUUAACAAAGACAGAAAUAUGUCUUGUUCUGUCAAUAAGGAAGGAAAAUCUUUGUUAUAUUUGGCCGCAGAAGCAGGAUAUGCAAAUCUUGUUAGGUUUAUAAUGGAAAAUCCUGCAGGAAACUACAGCAUUGAAGGAGAGCUCGAGAACAAACCAUCUGUGAAAGCUGCCAUUCUUGGGAAGAACAUAGAUGUUCUCAAGAUAAUGUGGGAAAGAGAUCAAUCAUCCUUCAAUUUAAGAUGUGAAGAAGGGAGGAACCCUCUUCACUAUGCAGCAUCUAUUGGUUUUGUUGAAGGAAUCAGUUACUUAUUAGACAAAUAUUGUAUCGCUGCUUACCAAGGGGACAAAGAUGGCCUCUCUCCUAUUCAUAUAGCAGCCAUCAAAGGUCAUUUCCACAUAAUUCAAGAGAUGCUCCAGCAUCGCCCCGAUUUGAUGGAGCUGCUCACAUGCAAAGGCCAGAAUAUCCUUCAUGUCGCAGCAAAGAGUGGAAGAGCUGAAGCAGUUAGUUAUAUGCUUAAAAAAAUGCCUGAGCUUGAGAAGCUUAUAAAUGAGAAAGAUGAGGAUGGAAACACACCUUUACAUUUAGCCACUAUUUUUGAGCAUCUAAAGGUCGUAAGAGCUCUAACAUUGGAUAAGAGAGUUAACCUAGAGGUAGAGAACAAUGGAGGGUUGACAGCACUUGACAUUGCUGAUGAGUACAUGGACACAACGGUUUCUUUUCGCAAGCGGCUUACAUGGAUGGCCCUAAGAGUUGCUGGUGCUCCACGAUCCCCAAGCCCAAAGUUCCUCAAGAGUAAAGUACAAAACUUUACUCGAGGAGAGCCACCCAAAUUGGAAAACCAUAAGGAGAAAGUGAACAUAAUUCUGUUGGUGGCAACCCUUGUUACAACUGUAACCUAUACUGCUGGUUUCACAAUUCCUGGUGGUUAUAACAACUCUGCCCCAGACCAAGGUAUGGCAACCAUGCUACCAAAAGAGAAGUUUCAUGCAUUCUUGAUCUGCGACACCAUAGCUAUGUAUAGCUCCAUCAUUGUCGCUGUUACACUCAUAUGGGCACAAUUAGGCGACAUUAGUUCAGUGCUUGUCGCCCUCAAAUUUGCAUUGCCAGUAUUGGGGCUGGCACUGGCGAUGAUGUCCAUGGCAUUCAUGGCAGGGGUAUGCCUAGUGGUGAGCAAACUCAGUUGGCUGGCUGACAUUGUUACGCUGAUGAGCUUCAUCUUCCUUGCCACACUGCUGACACUCCUCAUACCACUCUGCGCCUUACCUUCAUCGAACUCCCUCAUUGUCCGGCACCUUUCCUACUAUCCCUUCCAUCUGAUGAUAAUUGCCAUUGGGAGCUAUAUGGAUACUGAUGUGGAAGAGUAG